CCCAGGGCACGAUGAUGGCCUGGCGGAUGCUGCGAAGAAAGGAUGUCCACACAGGCCUCUUGAAUCUGGCCUUCCGCUCAGAUCAUGGUCGAACGAAGCAUUUCGCCAGUGGGACAUUGGGAAAGCUAUCACAGUUCGUCCAUGGCAAUGGACUCCAAGGUGCUGCUAACUGUACGGUCUUUAAACAGUCCACUAUCAGGUGUGUCAAUCUGCUCUCCUAUUAUUCAGGUGUGUAUAUGUUGGCAUGGCACCAGAAAAAGGAGGAUGUUGUUGGGCUAAAAGCACCGAAAAGGGAGAAGCGAGUGAGAAAGGAAACUCGCAGUCAACCUCCUGUAGAAGCGCCAUAUGUUGCACCAAAACCAAAGCUGACCAAAUCAGCGCCAGAUAAAAUUGUUGAAAUUUUUGAUGGGAUGACAUUGCGUGACCUAUCUAAACGAUCUGGUGCAAAAAUCAAUGCGCUUCAAAGCAUACUUGCAGAUCUUGGCGAAAGGGUUGAAUCAGAGUUCGAUUCUAUUACCAUCGAUCUAGCUGAGCUAGUGGGUAUGGAACUUGGUGUUAAUAUCAGAAGAAUGCACACAGGUGAAGGCACAGUUGAACCACGGCCUGCUGUUGUAACAGUUAUGGGUCAUGUUGAUCAUGGUAAAACAUCGCUUCUGGAUUCCCUGCGGCAAACAUCUGUUGCUGCUAAAGAAGCUGGUGGGAUCACUCAGCAUAUAGGUGCCUUUGUUGUUGAGAUGCAAUCUGGAGCCUCUAUCACAUUUCUUGAUACACCAGGGCAUGCUGCAUUUAGUGCUAUGCGGGCUAGAGGUGCAGCUGUCACAGAUAUUGUAGUGCUUGUGGUUGCAGCAGAUGAUGGUGUGAUGCCUCAAACACUUGAAGCUAUGUCACAUGCAAAAGUAGCAAAUGUUCCAAUUGUAGUUGCCAUAAACAAAUGUGACAAAUCUGGAGCUGACCCUGAGAGGGUCAGAAUUCAGCUUGGUUCUGAAGGAUUGCUUUUGGAGGAUAUGGGUGGUGAUGUACAGGUUGUUGAAAUUUCUGCAUUAUCGAAACUUGGUUUGGAUAAGUUGGAAGAGGCUUUGCUCCUUCAGGCCGAGAUAAUGGACCUGAAAGCCAGAACAGAUGGGCCUGCUCAAGCUUUUGUGGUGGAGGCAAGGGUGGACAGGGGCAGGGGACCACUUGCAACAACUAUAGUUAAGUCCGGCACAUUAGUCAGUGGACAAUACAUUGUUGUGGGUGCAGAGUGGGGAAGAAUUAGAUCACUGAGAGACACGGUAGGGGAAGUAACAGAGUCUGCAAAACCCGCCAUGCCUGUUGAGAUUGAGGGGCUGAGGGGCCUCCCAAUGGCUGGGGAUGAUGUAGUGGUUGUUGACUCCGAGGAAAGGGCAAGAAUGCUUAGUCAAGGGCGGAAGAAGAAACAGGAGAAAGAUAGGCUUCGGAAGAUUGACGAAAACAUGACAGAGGAGGCAGAAAUUGGAGAAGAGACGCCUGAAAGAGUUGAGAUGCCCAUAAUUGUGAAAGCUGAUGUACAGGGCAGUGUUCAAGCAGUUACGGAUGCCUUAAGAAGUCUUAAUAGCCCACAGGUGUUUGUGAAUGUUGUUCAUGUUGGUGUCGGCCCUGUAAGUGAACAUGACAUUGAUCUGGCACAAGCAUGCCGAGCAUGCAUAGUUGGUUUCAACGUUCGCGAUCCACCGAGUGCGAUUACUCUAGGAGCAACACAAGCCAACAUAAAGAUUUUGCUGCACAAGGUGAUCUACCAUCUCCUCGAGGAAAUGGGAAGGCUGAUUGUGGAGAAGGCACCAGGGACUGCUGAAACCCAAAUUUCAGGGGAGGCUGAGGUUCUGAACAUAUUCGAGCUGAAAGGGCGUAGCAAGUCAAAAGGGCCAGACAUCAAGAUUGCUGGCUGCCGGAUAACCGAUGGGCGCUUUAGCAGAACUGGAACCAUGAGACUGUUGAGAAGCGGAGACGUUGUCUUUGAGGGUCCGUGUUCUUCGCUGAAGCGAGAGAAGCAGGAUGCUGACACGCUCGACAAGGGUACCGACUGUGGAUUGGUGAUCGAGGACUGCGACGAAUACCAGGUUGGGGAUACCAUCCAGUGCUUGGAGCAGGUGAUCAGGAAGCCCAAGUUCGUAUCGACACAAAGCGGCGCAGUCCGUAUAGAGUGCUGAUUGAGAAUAAUUGUUUGUCACUGGCAUGAUCGCAUUGCUGCGAAUUCAGCUACUUUUUUGAACUGACCGAAGUUUUGACGAUAUAGCGAGAUAAAAACCAGGCUGGCAUGCUUACUAUUUUGGCACCACGCAGACGGCUAGAUGCAAGUUACCUUUAUGUUUUACGCCUGGAAAAAGAAUCGUGAUGCUUUCAGUGAUGACGAACUGUGUGAAAUUUAAGAGAGGAAACUCGAGUUGUAUAUACUUGCAGUUUUCGUAAGGUACAAGGAUGGCUAAUUACUAGCCCCCAAA